UUAAAGACUCCCUGUCAGGCGACACUCGAAGCUGAAAUCUGAUCUUGGCGCAUGUUUCCAACUGCCUGCAGCUCGCGGCUCCACAUCACGGAGAGAGGAGCAGAGCUGCUUUUCUUUCACGCGCCAGUACGAUCCCGUACACCGCGCCGCGCGUGGGACUCGAGCUGAACUUCACCGUCAACCAACCAGCGCGAGUCAGCAGUUCCUGAUUGUCGAGGCAGCAGCACGUCUACGGAGCGGAGCAGAACAAACUGAACCUUCUCUCCCGGUCCUUACCGAACUGUCUAAGGGCCAGAGAGAGAGAAAACAAAAACGAGAGAGAGGACAUGAUCACCUGGAUGAGGUAGCCAUCAACUUUCUUUUUGGAUGGAUACAACAGCAGAACACGACGCAGUGAAAAGGGAUUUCGACUCUAUACUGAAUAGACCGUUUUGGAGGGAUCUCUCUCUGCCUUGUGGAAGAGUCGCUCAGGCAGGUGACUUGUUAGGGAUUUGAUUUCACAACAUGCCAACUCUUCUGGAUGGAUGGAUCUAUAUAUAGUGUUUUUGGUCGUUUUUGUGAUCAUUUACUCUUAUAAAGGAUCGCUGUCAAAACGGGAUUACAAAAACAUAUUACAAUCCUUGGUUACAGAAACAUAUUACAAUCCUUGGGACAGUGAGGGGUAUAUCCGGAGUUGUUUCUAUGGUAACGGAGGCAGUGCUUCUGUUGGAUACCCAUGAUGCACCGGUACGAUGCCUGAGUCGGAGACGGGCUUAGUAGCUCAGCGUGUAGCUACGUUGGCCAGAGGAAUGGUUGCUGUGUGGUGUUCUCUCUGGCUCUCCCUCCUCCUCUUCCCUCUCUUCGUCUCUACAGCCAGACUACCCACAGUACUGCCCACAGGCUCUGUGUCCAGUGAGGUUGUGUUCCUGGAGGACUACGUGGUUCCUACGGGAGACACCCUGGAUCUGUCCUGUAACACUGACGCCCAACCUGUCCUCUGGUUUAAGGAUGGCAGUAGUGUGUUGCCUAACAACCGGAAUCGGCUGGUCCAGAGGGAUCUACGCAUCACCAACGUGUCGUACGAGGACUCCGGUGUGUACUCCUGCCGCGUCACCCACGGCAACACACUGCUCAGCAACUACACAAUCAGAGUGACAGAUUCCCUGUCUUCUGGAGAUGAUGAAGACUAUGAUGAAGACUUGGACAAUACAGAAACACCGUACUGGACCCGACCGGACCGCAUGGAGAAGAAGCUCCUCGCCAUCCCAGCAGCCAAUACCGUCAAGUUCCGCUGCGCUGCUGCCGGCAACCCCACACCCUCCAUCCAUUGGCUGAAGAACGGGAAGGAGUUUAAGGGGGAGCAGAGGAUGGGUGGAAUCAAGCUAAGGCACCAGCAGUGGAGUCUGGUGAUGGAGAGUGCUGUCCCGUCAGACCGAGGAAACUACACCUGUGUUGUAGAGAACAAGUACGGCACCAUCACCCACAGCUACCAGCUAGACGUGCUAGAGCGCUCCCCUCACAGGCCCAUCCUCCAGGCGGGUCUUCCAGCCAAUCAGACAGUGGAUUUGGGCAGUGAUGUGGAAUUCCACUGUAAAGUGUACAGCGAUGCCCAGCCUCAUAUCCAGUGGCUAAAACACAUCGAGGUGAACGGCUCUCGAUACGGCCCCGACGGUGUCCCAUACGUCAACAUACUCAAGACGGCUGGUAUAAACACUACGGAUAAGGAACUAGAGAGCCUCUUCCUUACCAAUGUGUCUUUAGAGGAUGCAGGAGAGUAUACGUGUCUAGCAGGGAACUCUAUUGGGUACGCUUACCACUCUGCUUGGCUCACCGUGCUCCCAGCGCUGGAGGAUAGUGACGAGGAGGAUGACUAUGCUGACAUCUUGAUCUACGUGACGGGCUGCGUGCUGUUCAUCCUGGCCGUCGUCAUCAUCAUCCUCUGUCGUAUGAGGAUGUCUACCCAGGAUACCCUGCCCUCCCCGCCCAUCCAGAAACUCUCCAAGUUCCCCUUUAAGAGACAGCAGGUUUCCUUGGAGUCUAGCUCCUCCAUGAACUCCAACACGCCAUUAGUCAGGAUCGCCCGCCUGUCAUCGAGUGAUGGACCAAUGCUGGCCAACGUCUCCGAGCUGGAGCUGCCCUCAGAUCCCAAAUGGGAGUUCUCUAGGAACAGGCUAACGUUGGGUAAACCUCUGGGAGAAGGCUGCUUCGGUCAGGUGGUAAUGGCGGAGGCCAUCGGGAUCGAAAAGGAGAAACCCAACACACCACUCAACGUUGCUGUGAAGAUGCUGAAAGACAACGCCACAGAUAAGGACCUGUCAGACCUGGUCUCAGAGAUGGAGAUGAUGAAGAUGAUUGGAAAACACAAAAACAUCCUCAACCUGCUGGGAGCUUGUUCACAGGAUGGUCCCCUGUACGUGCUGGUGGAGUACGCGUCUAAAGGGAACCUGAGGGAGUACCUGAGAGCCCGUCGGCCCCCGGGGACGGACUACUCCUUCGACACCUGUAAGAUCCCUGACGAGCAGCUCACCUUUAAAGACCUGGUGUCCUGUGCCUACCAGGUGGCCCGCGGCAUGGAGUAUCUGGCCUCACAGAAGUGUAUCCAUAGAGACCUGGCAGCCAGGAACGUCCUGGUAACUGAAGAAAGCGUGAUGAAGAUCGCAGACUUCGGUCUGGCUAGAGAUGUGCACAACAUAGACUACUACAAGAAGACCACCAAUGGUCGUCUGCCCGUGAAAUGGAUGGCACCAGAGGCUCUGUUCGACCGCGUCUACACGAACCAGAGUGAUGUAUGGUCCUAUGGGGUGCUGCUCUGGGAGAUCUUUACCCUGGGAGGGUCCCCGUACCCCGGCAUCCCUGUAGAGGAGCUGUUCAAACUGCUAAAGGAGGGCCACCGCAUGGACAAGCCUGCCAACUGCACACAUGAACAAUAUAUGAUCAUGAGGGAGUGCUGGCACGCUGUUCCAUCUCAGAGGCCGACCUUCAGGCAGCUGGUGGAAGACCAUGACAGGGUUCUAUCCUUGACCUCCACAGACGAAUACCUGGACCUGUCUGUUCCUUUUGAGCAGUACUCUCCAGCCUGCCAGGACUCCAGCAGUACUUGUUCCUCGGGAGACGACUCAGUGUUCGCCCACGACCCCCUCCCAGACGAACCCUGCUUCCCCAAACUGAUCCAGGGGAAUGAAGCCUGUCUCCCAAACCCUGUCAAACUACUGCAGAACGAUGGAGUGAUCAUGACAUAGAUCACCCCGUGACAUCUUGGAACCUCCUCCAGAUAUGGAAACAGAACAGCGUAGGCACUACUUCCACAGUGCUUCAGAUAUGUUUGUGUUCCUACUCUUGAUAGAAAUUAAAUGCUGUACAAACUGACACGUUUUUAAAAGACUCUUUGCAUUGAAGGAUGGAUUUGAUUUUUUCCUUCUUCAAAAUGAAAAUGUAUAUUUUUGUACUUGGCCAGUCUUUAGUUAUUGACAAUCCAAUGGGUCACACCAUUCCCAGUCAGCCCCUUCAGUCAACUCCUUCAGCAGGAGAUAAAUAUAGAUGGGGAGGUUUCUAUGUAUCUUUAUAAAGGUGUUAUUGUAAAUAUAUAAACUCAAAUGUAUCAUAUUGUUGCCUUGUACAAUUUCCUAAAAUAUUGUUUUUGAGUCAAAGCAUUGCAAUCUAAAAUACACUGUCAUGAUUAUAUAAUCAUUUAAAGUGAUACAAAAUGUCUAUUUUAAUAAUUAACGUGUAUAUUUGUAAAGAUAUUUAUAGACGUAACAUGUGCUUCAUCUAGUUUAGAAUUUUAGUACUGUAAGCAAAUACUUUUUAUUUCUUUUUCUGUAACUUAUUUGACAACAGAACAACAUUAUUUUCACAACUGGCAGGUUUUAUUUCUCUCGUUUUUUAUCCAUCUUUUUUUCAUUUACAGUAAAAAAAAUUAUAAGAAUGUAUGAAAGUUUUAAAGCAAUUUUAAUGAGCAGAGCAGGACAAUGAAAUUUAAAUCUAGGAUGUGAAACAUUGAGUGUUAACUUGAUUACCUUGGUUGCAAAGUUGACUUUUGCAACAUCAAGCAACAAGUAACUAUUGCUGGGAAAGAAGAAGAAGAAGAAGAAGAAGCUGAGUCUCUAAACUCACUAGAGAGGAUUUUAGUAAAAUGUUUGCUAAAAGUCACAUUUCUUUUAGUACAUUUUACAUUUUAAGUAUAUUUUACCAUGCUAGUUUACCAUGCUAGUUCUAGAAGUAGCUGCCAUGCUAGUUUUAGAAGUAGUUACCAUGCUAGUUUCCCAUGCUAGUUCUAGAAGUAGUUACCAUGCUAGUUUCCCAUGCUAGUUCUAGAAGUAGUUACCAUGCUAGUUUCCCAUGCUAGUUCUAGAAGUAGUUACCAUGCUAGUUUACCAUGCUAGUUCUAGAAGUAGUUACCAUGCUAGUUUACCAUGCUAGUUUUAGAAGUAGUUACCAUGCUAGUUUACCAUGCUAGUUUUAGAAGUAGUUACCAUGCUAGUUUCCCAUGCUAGUUCUAGAAGUAGUUACCAUGCUAGUUUCCCAUGCUAGUUUUAGAAGUAGUUACCAUGCUAGUUUACCAUGCUAGUUUUAGAAGUAGUUACCAUGCUAGUUUCCCAUGCUAGUUCUAGAAGUAGUUUCCAUGCUAGUUUCCCAUGCUAGUUCUAGAAGUAGUUACCAUGGUAGUUUCCAAUGCUAGUUAUAGAAGUAGUUACCAUGCUAGUUUCCCAUGCUAGUUCUAGAAGUAGCUGCCAUGCUAGUUUUAGAAGUAGUUACCAUGCUAGUUUCCCAUGCUAGUUAUAGAAAUAUAUACCAUGCUAGUUUCCCAUGCUAGUUAUAGAAGUAGUUACCAUGCUAGUUUCCCAUGCUUGUUCUAGAAGUAGUUACCAUGCUAGUUUACCAUGCUAGUUCUAGAAGUAGCUGCCAUGCUAGUUUUAGAAGUAGUUUCCCAUGCUAGUUCUAGAAGUAGCUGCCAUGCUAGUUUUAGAAGUAGUUACCAUGCUAGUUUCCCAUGCUAGUUCUAGAAGUAGUUACCAUGCUAGUUUCCCAUGCUAGUUCUAGAAG